GAAGUCCAUACAUCUUAAAAGUGGCUGCGGUUGAGAAAUACUGCCAUAGAUGUUGCCAAGGUCCACACCACUAAGUCCUUGGGUGGAUAUCCACCCCCGUAAGCUGCAGACCGUUUCCAUGAAGAUUCUGAAUCUGAAACUAUAGCUGUUGCAGACAAGCUUCCCGUCUCUUUUCUAGGAGACAGAUAUUCAUUUUUGGGCAUCAGGAGGAUUCAUCAGUCAUGCCAGGAGGUAAGUCCUCCACCUUGAAGGUAUCUUAAAAAUUCAAGCAAAUUUACAACCUUCUACUGAAGGAGUGUGCUUGACAAAAUCUCUUAUUGUCCAGAGGAACAUGCCACUACCAGUGAAGAAAGAGGACCCAGAGAAGAUAUCUGAAGCCUUGACUUCUGUACAAGUCCUACGGCUAGAUAGGGAGAGAAUUAGCUGCAUUGCCAACCUGCCAGAAUUAAAACAUGUCCACAGCAUCUAUUUACAACAGAAUCAAAUAAAGAAAAUUGAAAACUUAAACUGCUUUCCAAACUUGAAGUUUCUGUCAUUAUCUGGGAAUUACAUCAACAAAGUAGAGAACCUCCAACCUCUCCUCAAGUUGAAAUUUCUGGAUCUUUCACAGAAUUGCAUUGAUACUUUAGACAUAGAUGAGCUGCCCCUGAACCUUGCAAUCCUUGACCUGACUGGAAAUAAAUGCAUGAAUCAAAAAGGCUACAGAGACUGUGUGUUGGCAGCUCUGCCCCAUCUGAUAGAACUGGACCACAAAGGCAUCCCAAAGCAGAAAGACAUACUCCAAAAUAAUGAAGAGGAGGAAAAUAGCUCAGAAGAGAGUGACUAUGAGGACUGUCCAGAACUCUUUCAGCCGCUGAGCACAGAAAAAGACUUUUUUGUCGAUCUCCAUAAUGAAUUCAGUAGCCGCUCAGCCCAGCGGAAAGAGACAGCAGUGAGGGAACACAAAGACCGUCUGGAAGAGUUGAGGCAACGACAGAAUCUGAGGCAGCUUGUGUUCAACACCAGUGAAGAUAGAACUGAACCCCUAAGUUUACCAGAAUCAAGAUCUCCAGUUCUAAAUGAUUUACCUCAAACUGCGAACCAUAUGGUUUUGAAUCCACCACAAAGAACAGCGAAUCCAGCAGUUGAUGCAGGACUGAAUAUUCCAAAGGAAAAAAAUGAAGGAACAACUCAGACCCAGCAGAAAAUAUCAAAAGGAAAAAUAUCUAGUGCAGCUAAAGCUGCAAACAAGAACAUAAGAAAAUGAUAUUUUGUUGAAAUAUUAUUUUACUUAUGUAAUUAUUUUAUUUAAUCAAACAAAUAUAUUUCCUUUCACUUGUGAA